CUCACAGAAAUCGAAUCAAAAGAAUUACAAGGAAACUAUUUUUGUUUUAUAAAUUAUAUUUUUUUUUAUUUAUUGGCUAGUUUAAUCGUUAAUGUUAACAUGUUUAUAACAAAUUCUUUUUUGCCACAUGCUUAUAACAAUUUUUGUUCAGGUUAGUUUUAGUUAUUAUAAACCAACCGGCUUAUCCCGUACCCUAACCGGUCCAUCCGGUUUCUUGACCCUCGGUUUAGUAUUCCCCUCAUCAACGCCCUUAACUCGGUUCUCAUUCAAUUGCCGCUCUCUCCCAGAAACCAAUUCAAAAGAAUUGUAAGUUGUGAUUUGUGAGAAGAUGGCAUCAAAUUUGGAACCAAUACCAAUAACACCACAAAAACAUGACCCAGCAUGGAAACAUUGUCAGAUGUUUAAGAAUGGUGAAAGGGUACAAUUGAAGUGCAUAUAUUGUGGCAAAAUAUUUAAAGGUGGUGGAAUUCAUAGGAUUAAGGAACAUUUGGCUGGUCAUAAGGGUAAUGCUUCUACCUGUUUGCGCGUCCCAUCUGAUGUUCGUCUUAUAAUGCGAGAAAGUUUAGAUGUGGUUGUGGUAAAGAAGAGGAAAAAGCAAAAGAUAGCCGAGGAGAUAACAAAUGUUAAUCUGGUUUCUAGCGAGACAGACACGUUUGCUAAUCAGGUUGACACUAAUACUGGAUUGCAUAUGAUUGGAGAACCUGAUACACUUGAGCCUAGUUCGAGUUUGUUAGUUAAUCGGGAAGGAACAAGUAAUGCUUCUGGGGAGAGGAGAAAGAGGGGAAAAGGUAAAAUUUCUGCUGCUGAGGCUAAUGCCCUUAUUGUUAGCACGGUUGAGUUAGGUGCAAAGAGAGUAAACAAUCAUGUACAUAUGGCUAUAGGAAGAUUUUUGUUCGAUAUUGGAGCACCUUUGGAUGCAGUUAAUUCAGUUUAUUUCCAACCAAUGGUUGAUGCAAUUGUCUUAGGAGGAUCUGGGCCAUUAAUGCCUUUGCGUAAUGAUCUUCAGGGUUGGGUAUUGAAGAAAUUGGUGGAAGAAGUGAAGAAUGAUAAUGAUAAAGUAAUGGCAGCAUGGGUAAGGACUGGUUGUUCUAUUUUGGUCAACCAAUGGAACACUGAAACUGGUAGAAUCUUGCUAAACUUCUUGGUGUAUUGUCCUGAGGGAACAGUGUUUUUGAAAUCUAUAGAUGCUUCUAGUGUAAUAAAUUCCUCAGAUGCUCUGUACGAAUUGCUUAAGCAAGUGGUGGAAGAAGUUGGAUUUAAGCAUGUGUUGCAAAUGAUCACAAAUAGUGAGGAACAAUACAUUGUUGCUGGGAGGAGGUUGGCUGAAACUUUCCCUACUCUGUAUUGGACCCCUUGUGCAGCUCAAUGUGUACACUUGAUACUUGAAGAUUUUGCAAAACUUGAGUGGAUAAAUGCAAUACUUGAGCAAGCUAGAUCUAUUACAAGAUUUAUCUAUAAUAAUAGCGUGGUCUUGAAUAUGGUAAGAAGGUAUACUUUCGGCAACGAUAUUGUUGAACCAGCAGUCACUCGCUCAGCUACAAACUUUACAACAUUGAAACGGAUGGUUGAUCUUAAAAACAACUUGCAGGCCAUGGUUACUUCACAGGAUUGGAUAGACUGCCCAUAUUCAAAGAAACCAGGGGGGCUGGAGUUGUUGGAUUUGGUGAGUAAUCAGUCAUUUUGGUCCUCCUGUGUUCUGAUUACCCAGUUAACCAAUCCUCUCCUUCGAAUUCUUAGAAUGGUCGGGAGUGAGAAGAGGCCUGCAAUGGGAUAUGUUUAUGCUGGAAUGUAUCGGGCAAAAGAAACAAUUAAGAAAGAAUUAGUUAAGAGGGAUGACUAUAUGGUCUAUUGGAAUAUUAUAGAUCACUGGUGGGAACAACAAUGGCAUCAUCCUCUUCAUGCUGCUGGUUUUUACCUUAAUCCCAAGUUCUUUUAUAGCAUGGAAGGAGAUAUGCCUAAUGAGAUGCUGUCAGGGAUGCUUGAUUGUAUAGAGAAAUUGGUUCCUGAUGUAGAAGUUCAGGAUAAAAUCAGCAAGGAGAUAAACUCGUACAAGAAUGCUGUUGGAGAUUUUGGGAGGAAGAUGGCAGUUAGAGCUAGAGACACUCUACUUCCUGCUGAAUGGUGGUCAACGUAUGGAGGAAGUUGCCCAAAUUUGGCUCGUUUGGCUAUCCAUGUCCUUAGUCAAACUUGUAGUACUCUUGGGCUUAAGCAGAAUCAAAUUCCUUUUGAAAAAGUGCAUGAAACAAGGAACUGCUUAGAGCACCACCGGCUCAGGGACCUCAUCUUUGUUCAAUGCAACUUGCAAUUAAGACAAAUAGGUUAUGAGAGCAAGCAAGAGGAUUCUAUGCAACCCAUGUCAUUUGAGGCUGCCACUAUUGUGGAAGACUGGGUUACGGGAAUGGACACAGUUUUGGAGGAUGAUACCUAUUCAGAUUGGAUGAAACUUGAUGCACUUUCUGUAAACACAAUGCUUUUAAGACCUUCAAGUGACGAAGUGGAAGAGUUAGGUGCAGUUUUUGAUGAUUGUGAGAUUUUCAAUAGAGUGAAAGAGGGUGACGAGGAAAAUGCUGAAGAUAAUGUAGUAAGCUAGCAGAAGACCAUUUCUAAUCUGGAUAAUCCUAGAUGGUGACUAACGUUUUCUGCACUGAUAUCAGCCAGACAAAUAGUGUAAAUUAAUGUAAUGACUAGCUUUAUAUGAAAUAUUCUAUCAUUCUGUUAAAAAAAGUAGAAACAUCACAGAAAAUUAGAUUCUAGGAUUUGACAAUAUAUUAGCAAUUUUUAUCAAUUCAGGGUUAGAGUAAUAUAGAAAGUUCAAGUGUAGUUGUGGUUUUUAUUUUAAUGCAAAAAAAGGCAUUUUAAAGCACAUGCUCAACCAUUUGGCUGAUAUUUUAUCUUGGAUAUGACUUAGCAUGGACUCUGAGGUCUAAUAACAUGAAUUCUUGCUAACCUCUGAUGUGGGAAUUACAUUAUAGCUACUUGGCUAUUUGAAUUCAGCAUAAUUUUAUCAUCGUGACUGCAGUUCAUCCGAGUUGGUUAUCCCUAAUCUUUGAUCUUUGCUUGAGUAUUGCAGAGAAGAUGGGCAUGAACCUUCCUGCAGCUCCAAUCAUUGUCAUUCAUUUCCCUUUCCUUUUUG